UAGCGCGCGGGUGACUCUAGAGGAAUUUCUCGUUCUGCCGCGCGCGUCGUCUAUUCCGCGCGAAUAAUCAGAGGUAAAGAUUAAUUCGUUACGCACACACUACCGUGUAUAUCGUGUAGUCUAUAUAAAUGGUGCGAAGAAUCACAACAGUAGCCGAUUACCAACGAUCUUACCGUGCGUUGUCGUUGCGCGUGGGACGCUCCAAAGUGAAAGAAAGAGAAAGAGGAACAACAGCGUGACAAUGUUGAAUCAGGCGGUGGUUGAGGCACUCUAUUCGGCGACGUACAUCGAGAACUACCUGGACUGUGUGGAAAAUCUGCCGAACGAUCUGCAGAGACAUGUUUCUCGUCUACGCGAGCUGGAUGCCACUUGUCAAACAUAUCUACGUGAAGUAGAUCAGCAUCAAGAAACAUUGAGGAUUGAUACGGAUCCUGUAGUUAAAAGGAGAGCACUGUUAAGAGUACAGCAAGCCUUAAUUGCAGCACAGGAAAUAGGAGAUGAAAAGUUACAGAUUGUUCAACAAGUACAGGAUCUUAUAGAAAACAAAUCUAGACAGCUAGAUUUAGAUUACCGAAAUCUAGAUUUUGGAAAGGAACAGGAAAGUUCUGAAUCAAUCCGUGAAUCAAAUUUGAAUAGUAAUUCGAAUAAUGCAAGUCAUGCGAACAGUGCAGAACGUCAACCAAAACGUGCGAGAAGAACGAGAACUGAAGCUUUGAUAGAAUCGACACAUUCCAUGGACAUGAUAGUUGGAAUGGCAGAAACGAGAUCUUCGGCGUUAUCAAAUACGAGUAAUGGAAAUCAGAAGAAGACGACAGCUGCUACUACCGGUAAAAAGAAGAAGCGAAAAUCUCGGCAAGGCAAUCAACAAAAUCAACAUCGUGAGGAUACACCGCCACCACCAGAAGAUGAUCUUGCUAUUGAUCCUGAUGAACCGACUUAUUGUCUGUGUGAUCAGAUAUCUUAUGGCGAAAUGAUUCUCUGUGACAACGAUUUGUGUCCCAUAGAAUGGUUCCAUUUUUCUUGCGUUUCUCUAUCGACAAAACCCAAAGGCAAAUGGUUCUGUCCCAAGUGUCGUGGUGAUCGACCUAAUGUCAUGAAACCUAAGGCACAAUUUCUCAAAGAAUUGGAAAGAUAUAAUAAAGAAAAAGAAGAGAAAUCAUAGCAAGAGCACGGCAGCGAAAAACUUAAAAAUCUCGGAAAACUUAAUUGGACUUAAUCGAGAUUUUUGUAGAACAGAUUUUAAUUUUCAACAUGGAACUUGAGAUCAUAUCUACGAAAAUCUUAAAUUAUAUUUUUCCACUUUUUUUUCUGAAAUUGUAACUUCUUCUUUUCUUGUAGGAUUUUAUUUAGAGAGCGAUAUUUCUUUGCAUAUAAAUUGUAAAAACUAAAUGUAUAUGUGAUAUUUACAAUUGUACAUAUAAUUGCUAUCAAUAUUAAAUGAAUCACAUUUACAUCCAAAUGCAU